AUGUCUGCUCUCAAGAACAUCGCUAUCGCUGGUGCCGCAGGUGACCUCGGCUCAGCUGUCUUUAGCGCUCUCGUCAACUCAUCCAGAUUCAAUCUCACUGUUCUCACCCGCAAGGACUCAAAGAGCACUUUCCCCUCUGGCACAAAGGUCGUCCAAGUCGACUACGACUCUCUUGAGUCUCUCACGGCCGCUCUCCAAGGCCAAGACGCUGUCGUCUCUACAGUCGGUAGUCUCGCCAUCCCCAGCCAAAACCUUCUCAUCGACGCCGCUGUUGCCGCAGGCGUCAAGCGUUUCCUCCCCUCCGAAUUCGGAUCCAACCUUGUCGUUCCCAGUGUAAGGAAGCUUCCUGUCUUUGGCACAAAGGUCGCCAUCGAGGAUAAACUCAUUGAUCUCGCCAAGCAAGGAAAGAUUACUUACACUUUUGUUUACAACGGUGCCUUCCUCGAUUGGGGUAUCAAGCAGAACUUUCUCUUGGACUUUGCCUCGCCCGAGAUUACCCUCUGGGAUGGAGGUAAUGCCGAGUUUAGCACUACCACUCUUGCUACCGUUGGUGAUGCUGUGGUCGGUGUCUUGACCCAUCCCCAAGAGACACAGGACCGUAUUGUUUAUGUCCAAGAUACCGUUCUGACACAGAAGAAGUUGCUGGAACUUGCCAAGGAGGUCAGCCCUGAGAAGGAGUGGAAGGUCAAGGAUGGCAAGAUUGAUGAUCUUACUGCCCAGUCUGAUGCCAAUGUUGCCAAGGGUAUCUACGACUGGCCUACCCUGUCGGCUUACUUGUUCCGAAGUCUCUUUGAUGCGAAGAGUGUUCCCAAGUACGAGAAGCUUGAUAAUGAGUUGCUUGGUAUUAAGGGUGUCACUGAUGAGCAGAUCAAGGAGUUCCUCAAGGCUCAUAUCCAGUAG